AAAAAAGAGAAAACGCCUAUCCAACAGGCUUUUACGCGUGCGUAGAAACAUUUUGGCCAUUGAGGCGUUAGUGGAGCUUAGAGCGCAUUCGGGAAGGAAAACAGACACUGUCACCCACCCCAAACAGACCAGCAGGAAACAUGGGGAGUGUGUUCCUGCCGUCGGACCUGGCCAACUCCGUGUUGAGCCGGCAGCGCAGGGACAACAGCUACCUGCUAGAGGAGAUCCGGCAGGGCAACAUCCAGAGAGAGUGCAGGGAGGAGAUCUGCACCUAUGAGGAGGCCAGGGAGGCCUUUGAGAAUGACGAGAAAACUCAACGGUUCUGGGAGGAGUAUGUGCGGGAGAGCAACCCAGGUGGUGGGCUGCAGUCGGCGGUUGGCGGAGUCCACUCCCUCUACCUGAUCCUCCCCUUGCUCCUGGUGCUCCUCCUCAUCGCAGCAGUGGCCAUCACUGUGUGGCGCUGCCACUCCCGUAAGCGUUCGGAGCGCAGCCCCGCCCUGGGGGGCUCUCACCGGGACCCCACACUAUCGGUGGUCUCCAUGGACCAGUGGGGACGGGACUUCCACGACCACUCCGAGCUCAGCGUCCAUAGCAGCCCCGCCUACCCGGGCUCAGAGGUCACGUCUGCGAGGGGAAGCAGGGGAGAGCCACCGCCGUCUUACGAGGAGGCAGUUGGCCACACGGAUGUGCACAUAGAGACAGAGCCGCCGCCUCAGUAUGAGGACAUCAUUGGCCAUGGGAAGUGAAGUAACCCCCCCCCCCAUGCCCUGUCUUACCUGAUGCCCCACCAGCUCCCCUCCUCUCUCUCCAGCCCCCAUCCAGCUAUAUCAUCCUCCUGGUCUCAGCCUACACCUCACCUCCCUUUAACUGUUACGUUACUACACUAACGGAGAGUUGUUGGAUGCAAUAAUGUCGACGCUUGCACUGACCAUCGGAUAGGAGUUGAGUGAUAGAGACGAUACCAAAUGUUUGAUCUCACAAAACCAAAAUGUAUUUUUUAUUUUUCGAUUUUAUUUUUUUAGUUUCCUCCAUACUACCAUAGAUUUAUGUUAUGACUACCCUGGAGGUUUGGGGCUUGCAAAUGAAAGGUGCAUGACAAUUGUGUGGUGUAAAGGAAAUAUGAGAGAACAAACAAGUUGUUUUGAAUGUUUAGGAAGUGAAUUGUUAAAACAAGCAAUUCUUCUGUCGUUUUAGCCAAUACUGGCUUACCAAAACAUAUGGCUAUGUACACUUACUGGAUCUAUGCCAGCGUCGUAUGAAUUGUGCAAGACUGUCCCAAAUGGCACCCUAAAUCUUUAUACAGUGCACUACGUUUAACCCGAACCCUAUGGGUAGCAGUGCACUAAAUAUGGUAUAGGGUAGUUUGGGAUUGCAAGCCUGUGUCCGUCUCUCGGAGUGACAUUAUCUGAGCUGUGCUGGCGUGGAGUGACCUGCAAGGAAAUAUAGGCCAGGAAGCAGCAGACUAUGAAGCGACAACGGCCCUUUUUCACUCACGGCGAUAAAUGCCACUAUGGACAGUGUGUGGGUGAGCAUGUGUAAGAGUGUACUUGAGUGCUUCUAUUUUUUUUUCUGCAGAUAACUGUAGUGACUACAUUGAUACUAAUGUAGUGGAUGUAUGUGGCGUGACUGAAGGCACUCUCUGUUAAGGCUCAAACUGAGCCGUUUGCUCAUGAAUUUUAAGGCAGUCUGGUUUGGGUCUAUUCAGCGCAACUCGGUAAUGUCACCUAUUGAUACAACGGUCUAUUUUACAUGCUAAUUAUGCGGCUGCGGGACUAAUUGCUGACAUCCUAAGCACCGACUAUCUGCCUAAUAUUCAUUAUCACAAUAUGUCAAUGGCCCUGUACAACUGAUUUACAACUCAUUUGACACCAUGGUUAUGAUUACAACGGAUAGUUUGGCCGGGAUUCAAUCCUAUCCACGUUAUUUGCGCGCUUGCCCUUUGAAAGUCAUUUCCAUUAAGCCGUCAUCUACAGUGUUUUGUUAAUGCAGGAACAUUGCCUUUUAAAAAGGUGCAUUGUCAACCGCGUUUUACCGAUUUUUGAAUCCUGGCCUUUGUCUGCACAGUAAAUGUUUACACACUAAUUGUGCAGUGUCUCCAACACUUGUAAUAAAACAUUUUUACAAAAACUUUCUAUUGUGCCACAUGUUGUACAUUAGUUGUAGAACCAAUGUACGGGGCCUGUGUAAUAUGUUCAUUGCAGAUUUGCAAGCACUGUUUUUUUGUUGACCUGUGGAUCUCAGCACUUGACCCAAUGCUAUAUGACCUGUGACUGGGAUGUGUUUAUGGUCUAUUGGUACGUUCAAGACAACUCGAACGAUGAGGCCCGAGUUUCCCACUUGGAAAGUAUCCGAAUCAACCUACGCAAAAUAACUAUUGUUCAUUUUAACUUGAGGUUUUGAGCUGUCAUGAACACGCCAUAUGGCCCUGUCCAGAAACAGCCCCCACCCACUUGAGGAUUCAAUAUGUAAUAGACACAGUAUGUGGUGACAUACGGACGAGGUGGAAUUGUUGCUAAAUUGCUUCCACCUGUCCGUUAAGUUCAGGUCUAGGUAACGGGGCAAGGCCAAUUUGUUGUACUGUUACCUUUUUUGAAAUCCAGUUUUUACGCCUUAAGCAAAUGUAAAAAAACAACCUUUGAAUAUGUACUGAGCUUGAAUUGUAAUUUAUAUAAUAAAAUACUUAAACAUG